UUGAUGUUUUCUUUGCAGACAGUCUGGCUGCUACUGCCGUGUUUUUAAAUUCAGCGAUUGAAGAAGAUGGAGCGGUGUCGUGAAGCUAAUAUCCAUGUAGUGCUCGAAAUGCGAUGACGAACAGGCCUGAAAUCGUUACUGUUCACGGUUUUCGGGAAGUCUCCCUGCAGUGGCUUUCCAAACAGAUCCCGAAGAAGGUUUACCAGGGUUCAGAAUUGUUCAAUUUGUUCCUUAACUGUAUAAGCUUUCGUGAUGAGAGUUUGGCGAUUGGCACCAGCGUUGGACUGGUGUACUUUUUUUCGUGGUCGAACAAUGAAAUGCAUAAACUGCGCUGUGAGGAUCGAAUAUCUCCCAUCUCAGCUGUUGCGUUGGAAUCAACUGUGGACUUCAUGGUUGCUUCAGGAAGUUCGAAAGGAAAUGUUACUAUUUUUCAAAUUCCGAAGUUUCGGAAAGUCGGUGAUCCACGACCGAAGACGGAAAUUUUCAACAUUCAAGGUUUUCACAAUGUAGCGAUCACUGCUUUAAAAUGGAGUUCUAACGGGGAGUACCUCUUCUCCGGUGAUGCCAACGGAGCUGUACUUCAAACGAGGAUACAUUUUGAUGCUGAAUUACUCGGGGAAGAGGAUCUGAUCGACGAAGAUGCGAAGAGAGAAACCGAGAAACAAUUGGAGCAUUGCACAUGGUUCGAUGUUGAUGAGGGAAAGCUUGUUUCAUGGAAUCGCUAUUGGUUUCAUAUUCUUGGCUUAAGCAUUCCGGCGGUUUUUGAAUCUGUACAAAUUCCAUACGGAAUUGACGAUUUAUCCUCCGAUGGGGGAAAAAUUGUCGUGCUGACAGGGAACCAAAUUCGCCUGUUUUCUUCUUCUCUAUCUGGAAUUGCAAGUGGAUGUUGCGCGGAGAAUCAAAAAUUUGUGGUGAUCGAAACGGACUCGACGGGAUUUUCUUCGUGGGGCUUGCACUUGGUUCGGACAAAACUGGAAAAACUUGUUCUCGCUACUGAAAAGGUGAUCGAUCUGGACGAGUUUGUUGAUCGUUCUUCAAAGAAACUUUUCAAUUGGGCUGAAAGUUCGUUAAUUAGAAACGAAACGGCAUCGGCUCGUGUUCCCGAAAGAUACGACAUUGGUGUGCUAGGCCUAAAUCCUUCGGGAGAUUCUGUUCUUUCCAAAGAAAAAACAGAAGUGGAAGAGUCUGAUCAGGAAGAUGAAUUGUCCGUUCAGCGCGUUAUUCGGAAUGGUGAUAGAAGGCGGAAGAAACCAAAGCAAAACCAGGAGAGCGAAAAUUCGAAUGAUCCUCGAGAGCAGUGCGAAGAAACAUUAGUGGGCAACAAUUCCGAUUGUCAAGAAACCGAUGUCUUUCCCGUCUUCUCGGGUAACUUCGCGGAAAGUGAUAUUGCUGUGAAGGAAGAUCUUUUGGGAAAGUUGAUAGAUGUUAACUUUGGAGCUCCGUUUGAGGAAGACGUCGUUGAGCCCGAAGUGGUUUCGGGAGAGCUGCGUUCUUCUUCCCCGGAUUUGGAUCGUAGAAGCUUUCGAUUACCUGAUGUUGAAAUCGAAUCUGACGUCGAGGAUUCUUGCGAAUUUACUUAUGGACCUCCGUCACGAGAUGACAGUUCUAUUGCGAGUCGUGCUGCUUCAAUUCCUGAUGAACCCUUGAUUUUGGACCAAGAAUCUGUUCGGGAACAAUUGGCGGAAGUUCCAGGAAUAGGAACGGAUUGGGCAGAAUUUCCAGGACCUGGCAGCCGAGUUGUGUCGAGCAUAGCCCUGGAUCGUACUCAAGGCGUUGGCUGGCUUUGUUUCGACUCAGGCGCAAUCCUAGUACAAAAAGACCUCACACCUUCUGUACCUUUCUCGCGUUCCAUCAAAAUCGGAGGCGUGCCGACGAAAGACGGCGAUACUUCUGUUGUCGUUUCCAUCAAAGCGAAUGACGGAAUCGUAUGGGCACUGUGUACCAGGGGAGAGCUUUGGGUCCGUAUCGGCGUAUCUAGAGAGCGCCCGAUGGGAUUGGAAUGGGCUCCCGCGGGAGAAAAAAUACCUGGACCGGUGCUGGCAUUUGAUUUUGGCCCGCAAAGAACUGCAUUUGCGGCAAAUGCGAAUGGUGCCUUGUUCUUCACCCAGGGAAUCUGUCGGCAACAUCCAGCUGGCGAUGAUGUGUGGUGGGAGGUUUCUGUCGUCGGCGCGUUGCUUCCUGGGGCUUCCUCUUCCAAGUUUGCAUCCCUGUUGUUUCCGGAUGCUAGGGCUGGAGUGAGAGACCGUGGCACGAGCUUUCCCGGUGCGAAGUGGUUGCCAUCGCAGCGUGCCGCAAUCUUCACAUCCCUGCCGCACAUGCCCGUGGUCGCGGCGAGUAACCAGAAGGUCUGGCUUGCGUGGGGAGCAUCCUCAAAUAUUCACUGCUCCAAAAAUUCAAUUAGUGGGCAUCGUGUGAUCCCCAUUGAAAUACGAGGCCUGCAAAGUGUACGGUGGAAAGUUCUGGAAGCUGGCUCCGUUUACAAGAAACAUGGAGUACUUUGGCUGCUUUCCCAAAGUGGCGAUAAGGUCUUCACGUACCAGGCGUUCGGGUCAUCUAAAUCAAGACCUAAUCACAUACCCUUGCCUGAAGACGAAGAAUUGGUGCUUCAGUUAACGAGUGGUCCGGAAUCGUUGUGGAUGUUGACAUCCUCAAGAAAAAUUUACAUACGUGCUGGCAUUAGCGCGAGUUGUCCUGAAGGACAUUCGUGGUCUCGUUUGGACCUUUCGCAAAUCGGAAAUGAUAUUCUUACUAGCAUAUCGAUUUCGUCGGAGGUGGUCUGGGGAGUUGAUUUUCGGGGAGGAGUUUGGAUGCGCAUUGGAAGCUUGAAACCAACCACAACGGCUAAUUUACCUCCAGCUUGGGUGCCAGUUGAGGAAGGCAGCGCGCCAGCGCCGAUGUCACAGUUCAAAGAAAUCUUCCUGGGACCAAGAAACGAUAUGGUUUGGGCGAUAGAUUCGAAGCAUAGAGUCUACGUGAGAGCUGCUGUGCUUCCCGAUCUCCCGAUCGGCGUCAAUUGGGUUCCUGUUCUAGGUGUCGAUGCUGUUCACAUAUCCAUCAGUGAGACGACGGUUUGGGCACUUUCUCUCACCGGCGAGGUAUGGCGACGGUUUGGAAUUUCAUCGAAUAAUUUUGCUGGCGAUUACUGGAAGAAAAUCCCUUGUGGUUCAGCUGCGUAUAUAUCAGUAUCGAUAGACGAUAAAUUGUGGGUAGUGGAUACAGCUGGUGCAAUCCACUUACAUCGAUUGCUGAAUUAUUCGCUGACCGACAGCGGGGAAGCUGCGGAGUUCACUGUGCUUGCGGAAGGGGAGGUGGAGCGAACAGAAGACGUUGAUGGAGACUGGCUUUUGGUUUCUUGA